AUGUUCCCAAAUAUUAUUCAAUAAGAUCGAAGGUCUUCGAUUAUGGAUGAGCAAUUAUUAAUCUAUAAUAAGAAUAUCCAUCAUACGCCUGAAUAAACCAGUCGUAGAAUUCAAAAGAGGCAAUCUUCGAAAAUUGGAUCUCAAUCUUAAAUUACUAGAAAUCAACGAUCAAAAUUAUAGAUUGACAAUCAUAGUUAAUCAAGGAAAGCAACCCUUUAAAGUUAGAAGAAUCGACAGAAUAACUUAUAUUAAGAAUAUUAGGACUUAUUCCUAACAGAAUCUUCAGAUAGCAAUUCCUCCUAAGAUGAGGUGUCCAAAAAAAGCAAGGUUUAAUAGAAAGGACCAGCAUCUAUAAUAAACUAUGACAAAGUGAUAGAUGAACAGAUGGAAUUCAUACAUAAAACUUUGCAUUAGUAGCUAUCAUCGAUCAGGUAUUGACCUGUAAUAUUUAGUAAAUAAAAAGCAACCUCAUUUCUAAAGAGCAGUUAGAAUAGCCAAAUGAAAUAGACUAUGAAGAGUAUGAAAAGCUUCAAAUAAUUGUCAUCGUAUUCUAAAAAAAGCAGUUUUUAAAGUAAACUAAAUUUUUCAACCAAAUUUAACAGGGAAAGAUCUAUCUCUACAUCAAAGAAUGUUAAUUCUGAUGCAUAAGAGUUGAAAAGCCUUGUAAAAAUAUUGGAUUAAGCAGGAAUACCUGAAUAGGAAUAAGGCUAAUAUAAAUAAAUAAUUGAGGAACUCGAAAAAUAAUGUGCAGAAAUAGUACCUACUGGAAGAAAUAGGAUAAAGUAGAAAGUCAGAAAAACCUUUGUGCAUUUAUUUAAUCAAUAUUAUAAAGAUGAUAAUUAAUUGAGAGGAGUAGAUGGAGAUCAAAUGAGUGUCUGCUCUGUUGUCUAGAAUGAAUCCCUUUUCUUUGGAAACUAAAAACACGACCCUUACAAUAUGUAAAAUAGCCCCUCAAAUAUCAAUAUGACAUCAAUACUCGAUAAUGUAUUUACAAAAACCUAAAAUCAUGGACUUAUGAGUGACAGAAUGAAACUCCUGAUUGAUAAUUUUAAAUUGGAAAUAAGCAGUGAUGACUCCAAUGUUAAUGCUUAAUCCGAAUAAUCAUCUGAAAUAGAGGUUGAUGAGGAGGAGGAAUAUCUGGAAAGACAAUUUACCUAAACUAUCAGAGACCCUACAUAGUAAUAGGACCAUUAAAUUCUUAAAUACGAAAGAAAAUAUAAGCGAGAUCCAAUAUAUGAUCCUUAUCCUCUCAUUUGGCAAAGCAAGGAAGACUACAAAUGGAUUGUUAAAGAUUAUCAACUAUAUUGGGAUAAUUAUCCUCUAGUCUGGCUCAGAAAGACUAUAGUGUUCAUCAUCAGGAUCAUAGCUAACACUGCCUAUAAAAUAAUAAAUCAUCGUAUAUUUACUAUACUAGUACUAAUCUCUAUCGUAUUCAAUAUCAUGGUAUUUAUAGAAAGUUAAAAUGACAAUUUAUCUAUUGAUGUUAAGGCCAGCCUUCGAUAAUAAAAAUAAAGUAAUUUGAAUACAUUAUAUAGUUAUACUAUUCUUUUUUAUUGGUGAAAACAUUCUCAAAUUAAUUGGUUAAGGCAUGAUAGAUUUCUUUUGGGAUUUACAGAAUGUUUUUGACAUAAUCAUUCUCAUUCUCUUUUCCUUCCAUUAUUACUACCCCACUUUUAUGAUCAUUGAUUUUUCAACUGCAAGAUUGCUGAAAAUUUUAUCAGUUAUUAGUGUAUUCAGCAAGAGAUUACAAAUUAUGCUUCUUGCCUUAAAGCACUCUUUAAGAUUUUUAUUGGAAGCUCUCAUCAUUGUAAUUAUAUUUUCAUACUUCUUUGCUUUAUUUGGAAUGCAUCUAUUUUAAGGAUUGUUCCUAAAUAAAUGUUAUUAUGCUGAAUCUGGUAUUUCAACAAACUACUUAUGUGGAUAUAAUCUGGAAUGUGAAGAUUCCUCUAUGAUAUGCUGCAAAUCAUUAACUAAUCCAAAUGUCCCUACCAAUUUUGAUGAUAUCUUUUAUUCCUAUGAAGAAGUUGUAAGAUUGAUGAUAUUCAAUGAAUGGACAGAACCCAUCUAUUUAGCCAUGCUCACUUUCCAUGAUAUUGCCAUAAUAUACUUUAUUUUUCUUAUUUUUAUCAUUGGUAUUUUUGGAGCAAAUUUGAUCAUAGCAGUUCUAAAAAUCUAUUAUUCUCAAACACUAUUGAAAUACCAGCAUGAAGAUAUUUAGAAAUUAUCUGCAAGUACUGAAAUUAUUUUGAAUUUCAGAAUUAUUAAAAAUUACUCAAUAGAUUGUGAUUGGAAGGCCAAUUCAUCGAAGGAUUUGGUAAGAAAGAAACCUCGUGAUGUUGAUGAAUAAACUACCUAUGCUAAAACAAUCCUUUAAAACAAUAAUCAGAAAGUUAUAAAUUAUAAAUAUAAAUAUUUAUCCGCAAGGCAAACAAAAGAAUAGGAGGAAAUCAAACAAAGGAAAAGAGGUAUUAAAUCAAAUAAUAGUAAAUUCGAAAAUUUAUUAUAUCAUUUUAAAUUAGAAAAGCUUUUAAUAUUUGAAUAGAACAAGGAAUAGUUCAUGUAAAAACUGUAUUAAAAUGAUGCAUUCGAUAAAGAUUAUUUAAAAUUGUUUUACAUUCAGACCAUCAAAAAAGUGCCUUUGUAUUCUUGGAGAAUUGUUAUUAAUAAAUUCUUUUAAUAUAGUAGCACUUCAGAGGGGGACAUAUUUAGUUUUAAACUCAAAAAUGAGUAAUAAUAAAAGAAGAGGGAAAGAGAAUUUGAGUUCAUUAGAAAAUCUGUCCUAAAUCAUUGUUACAAAUUAAAAAAAUCAGAUUAUUCCUUUGCUAAAUUAGAUUUUAAGAAUUCAUAUUAUUUCAAUCGAUCCCAUGGCCAUUUACCAAUAAAAUAGAAAUCAAAAUAGAAAUAGCUAUAAAAUGUUGAAAAAAGCUAGAGAGUCGAAAAUGCACUGAAAAUUGAAAAUAAUUACAACAAUCAUUAAAUUAUCAAGAUUAUACCAAAUAACUAAAUGAGUAAUAAAAAAACAGCUUACGUUGAUAAGACCUUUGAUUCUGAAAUCAUAUAGCAAAUGAUCAAUAGAUAAAUACCUGAAAAUCAGGUUGAAGUAUAGGAUUUUGAAGAACUGUUUGUUAGAUACAGAUUGGAAGAGUGUAAAUAAGGCGUUGUUUAUAAAAACAAUUGGUCAGGAAAUUGCGUGUUACAAUCCAAAUAGAGGUUGUAUUCAACGAUUAGAAUAUUUCGUUAACUUAAUAAUAUUGAUAUUUAUUAAUGGAAAACACCUAGUCUCUUAUGUAUAUUGAGUUUAAUAUCAAAAAAUUUAAAUUUGAUGUUAAGAAACAGAUCUGCUCAAAUAUUUUUUGAUUUAAUAGUCUUGAUCAAUAUUAUUUUACUAAGUAUGAUAGGUUAUGUAGAUUAAAAUAUCAUCAGAUAACUUAAUGAUUAUUUUGUCUUUAUCCUACUUGGCGAAUUAUUUCUAAAACUUGUAUUUUAAGGCAUUAAGAGAUUUUGCUCGAGGGCCAACAAUUUUGUUGAUACUUUCAUUUUAACAUGCUCUAUAAUUCAAUCAGUUUAUGUGAAUAAAAACUCUGGUAACGGGAACAUCUAUCUUGAUUUAUUAAAUUCAAGUUAAGCUCUUCUAAUAUAUCGAAUAAUCAAAUAUAAUAGUUUCGCGUUAAAGAUAGCAAAUAUUACAAAAAAAUCUCUUCCUUCCUUUCUCAAUUUAAUAUUAUUGAUGAUAACUUUAAUUUUCUGUUUUGCUUUUAUAGGGAUGAAUUUAUAUAAAGAUAAGUUCCCAACAAAUACAGACUUUGGCUUACAAUAGUCAUUUGAUGACCUUGCAGCUGCCUUCUUAACUGUUUUUGUAAGAGCUGCAAAUGAAGAUUGGUUUGGUAUGGUAAUGUUAGGAUCACAAUAUAGUAGUAAAAUUGGGACUACAUUCUUUAGUGUAAUAUCUGUGUAUGUGUUAAAUCUAAUGACAAUAGGAUUCAUAUUGGCUAUUGUUUUAGAUUCAUUCUCUUCUUAUGAGAGUGAGGAUGAGACUGAAUCAGGAGUGGAAAGAGAACAUUCAUAGUUCUCAAUUUUAGAAGGAAAUGAUAACACUAAUGAAAUGACUUUAAGUAGUGAUGAUGUCAUUUCCCCUAACGAUCUUACUGAAAAGAAUACAAAUGGGAAUGACUAAUAUUAAGAUACAAAACAAGAUGAAGAAAAAUAAAUCGGAAAGAACAAUAAUUUUUUUGAUUUGUCUGCAAGAAUUGAAUUAUUAUUGGGAUAACUAUUUGCUAAAUUUCAAUUUUUUACAAAUAAUGAGAGUGAGAAUUCCUUAUAUAUUUUUAGUCAAAAAAACAAAUUUAGAAAGUUAUGUUAUAGGUGUAUCAAUUAUUAGUUAUACAUCAAUUUAAUUUAAGUUACUUUCUUUAUUGCACUUAUGAAUAUGUGUCUCUAUACUUAUUUUGAUUAUGAAAAUAAAAUCCAGAAAGAUUUAAUUGUUUAAAUAUCAAAUUAUGUGGAAUUGGUUACAAAUAUAUUAUUAUUGAUUGAUUCAGCCUUAAAGAUCAUCUCAUUAGGAUUUAUGAAAGAUAAAGGAAGUUUUACAAGUGAGUUUUGGAGAUUCAUAGAUUUUGUUUAUUAAUUAUGCUAUAUCUCCAACUUUAUUGUGAAAUAUGAUGCAUUUCUAUAUUUGAAGGCUUUAAAGUACGCAAGACCUUUUCGUUUCCUUUAUCUAUUUGAAUAACUCAAAUAUAUCAACAGUGCCAUAUCAAAGUCCAUUGUUGACUUGAUGAACAUUUUAUUUGUUUAAAUAAUGGUAUGGCUUAUAUUUGCAAUCUUUGGUGUCAUGCUUUACAGAGACAAAAUGAGUUACUGUUAGCACCCUUUGAAUUUUGGAAUCAACAAAUAAGAAUGCAUAGAGCUAGGGGAAGAAUGGGUAAAUAAUCUGUACAAUUUCGAUAAUAUGGGAAAUGCUAUGUUGGCUUUAUAUAGAAUGACAGCUUGCGAUGAUUGGGUAUAUAUUAUGCAAAUAUGUUUGAAUUCGAGAUCGGAGGAUCAAGGGCCUAUUCUAUAUGGAAAUAGAUGGGUAACCUUGGUCUACUUUAUGUUAUUUAUCUUAGUUGGAGUGCUCUUCUUUCUUGGCUUUUUUGCAGGUAUUUUAUUCAUCAAUUUUCAAACUUAUAAGACAAAGUUGCAAAAAUAGAUAUUAACAAAUGAUCAAUAAUUGUUUGCCAAUAUUACUGAGAUCAUUUAGAAAGAAGUGCCAAAUUAUUCAGAUCCUCCAAAAUCAUUUAUUAGAAAACUAGCUUCUAAUAUAAUAAAAUAGACUCUAUAUGAAAGAUUGAUUUUAUUGACGAUAUUUAUCAAUACUGGUAUUUAAGAGAUCAUUAUUAUUUCUAGGAAUUUUAACAUUCUUUUACGAUGAUGCAUCGUUAGACUUAUUGUAACUUUUAGAAUACAUUUAUCACGCUCUCAGUUGUUGUCUAAUUCUGGAUACAUGUUUGAAAAUAUUGGCAUUUGGUAUUAGAAGAUAUUGGGGAUACAUUUGGAGGGAAAUUGAAUUUAUCUUAGGCUUUAUUGCUCUGGUAGAUUUGAUUCUAUUCCUUACAAUUGAUUGGAGUUCGUACUACUUUAAAUCCACAAUCAAUGAUCAAUACUUCCUAAUUCUCAGAUUAGCAUUUGCCUGUAGGAAUCUAAGAACUCUACUAAUCAUUCAAUAAUUCAAAGGGUUGACAAGAUUGCUAAGAAUUCUGAAUUUUUCUGCUUCAUUUCUAUUGCAGAUAUUGUGCUUCUUCUUUUCAAUACUUUUGUUUUAUGGAUUUAUUGGAUGUGAGUAUUUCGGUAUGAUUGAAAAGGGAGCAUAUGUAACAGAUUACAUGAACUUCACUAAUAUUGGCAAGGCAUUGUUGAUCUUAUUCAAGAUUUGCACUAAAAACAAUUGGAUUAGAAUUAUGAUAGAUGUUUCAGAACGCAAUUAGUAUUGUACACCUGAAACACCUAGCGAUUGUGGAGUGAAAUGGAUUUAUGCUAAUAUAUACUUUUACACAUUUGUACUUAUAUCCAACUUUGUUGCAUUCAAUCUAUUUAUUACAGCUUUAGUAGAUCAAUUUGAAAGUAUCAACAUAUUUAAUUGUAGAAUUCUUUAAUUCCUAGAAUAGUGUCUUAUAAACCUAUAUAGAGAAUAUUGAUCCCUUUAGAACCACCUGGUGUAAAUAUUCAACAGAAACUAAAGGAGCCUAAAUGCAUUCUAAACAUUUGGCGCAUUUUCUUUUAGAAUUGGGGCUUCCUUUAGGUUCAGCUCCAGGUGAUAAUAUUUGGGAUGCUGCCAAAAGUGCAUCCAACUUUAAAAUCAAGGCUGAUUAAAAUGGCUAUAUCCAUUUUUAAGAAGUACUCUACGAGACUAUUCGAUAUGUUUAUAGAGAUUAGAUCUUCAAGACUGGCCACUCUGAAGGCAUUAAAUUGAUGAAAUAAAUCGAUAAAGAUACACGUUUCAGAUUACAUUUCAAAAGACUUGUAAUUUAUAUAUAAUAUUUAGGAUAUUUUGGAUAGAAGAUAUCCAAUCUAUGAAAUGAUGCACCUCAAAGGCAAUUUUAAUAUUCUAUAGGAAUAUCUAUUUCUAUUAAUGAUCUUUAGAACUUUUAAAUCCUAUUCAUCUAAGACUAUCGGAAGAAUCUAAGAGGCUAUAAUCUCACGUGAUAAUUCCAAUCACCCUAAGGAAUUUAUCUAAAAUAGUUCUCAAAGCGAAAUAGAUGAGGACACGUUGAACGAUAACAAAAUAAUUUAAUCAUAACAUCAAAUAUCAUUAGACAGUCAGGAUGUAGAAACCUUCUAAGUCUAGGUUUCCAAGUAUAUUGAAUCACAUAAAGCUAAUAAGAAAUUAAAGUUUCUAGAUCAAAACUGCAAUGAUAAUUCAGAAGGUAGAAUUAUUUUUCUACCUGAUUCAUAAAAGUAGGGAGGAAUUCAAAUGGGUCGAGCGAAACAUAAAUCGACAAUUAAGAAAAAGCAAGAAUACAAUUUUGUUGAUUUUGAAGCCAUUGAGCAAAAAUAGUUGCAUAACCCUAUGCUAGACUCUUCUCAUCUGAAUGAAUACAGUAAGGGGGCCAUGACAGACUCACUCAUAAAUGAAGAGUACAACAUUAAUUAAAUUAAUUAUUCUAAUAUAUCACCUCAUAAAGACAAAUUUAGUCUUAAUAAUUCAAUGAAUGAAAGUGUAGGAACUGAAAAUCAUAAUUUUUUUUAUGGGAAACCAAAAAUGAAAUAUUGUUAAAACGUUGCCAAUUGA